GGUGCCGUACGGCGGCCUCGUGUCAGAGAUGCCCACGCUGGAGGAGAUGGCUCAAGUGGUGCACGUGCAGGGACAGCGGCCCACCUUGAGUCCCCAUUGGCUGUCGCACCCGAUUCUGAUCGACUUUGCUCGCACCAUGACCAAGUGCUGGACGGCCGCUGCGCAUCUCAGGCCAAGUGCCAACGAGGCCCUCAGCGCCAUAAACGUCUUGAAGCUCAGAAGCGGCGUGCAGUCGCCAGCGCCGAGCCCCUCCGCGUGACGAGCCGGUUGCGGAAAGAAAAUGAAAAACAGCGGAACUCCGUUCCAAUCCCCGUUGAUGUUGAGCGCUUGCGCGCAGGCUUUGGAUCGAUUGCGCUGGCGCGGGGCACCCCCGGACGAUGGGAGGAAAGGGCCGCGUGGUUCCAUUGAUCUACGGGGGAAAUAUAAUCGCGGAUUUUGCAGGAGAAUCGCGGCACGUGGCCAGCGGCCAAAGCAAUCCACGGUAAAUUCGCGGAUUGCAAGGUUGCGGUUGUUUUUGUAACCAGCAAACGGCGCAAAUCUGCCGGAUGAUUUAGGCUUGAGAUUAAAGUGAAAAAAAAAUGUAUCGCCUCAACAAAUCACGUGAGCACAGCUCGUCUGCUUUACACAAACCAACAAUGAGAUUGAUCAUCGUAAACUUGACCUCUGCGGUCCCCCUGCAGCUCAA